AUGGAGGUUCGACUGGCCCUGAUGGAAGUAAAAUACUUCAUGAACAACGUCAGAACACACCACUAUGUGAAGGACAACGAGGAGUGCAAAGGUCUUAUCAUACAGACACUGGCAACAAUGGAGAACCUGAACAUGCACGGCUCAGAUUUCACCAACCUGCUCAGUCGGCCUCGCCUGCCCUAUGCUGUCUUGUUUACUAUGGGAGGCUGGAGCGGGGAUAGCCCAACCAACGCAAUCCAGACGUACGAUGUCCGUGCAAACCAGUGGGUGAACAUCACCUGUGAGCAAGCCAGCCCCUUUGCCUAUCAUGGCACUGCUUAUUUAAAAGGCUUUGUCUACAUUAUCGGAGGAUUUGACAGCGUGAAUUACUUCAGCAGUGUCAAGCAGUUUGACCUGCUGAAGAAAACCUGGCAGCAGGUUGCACCCAUGCAUUCGCGGCGCUGCUACGUCAGUGUCACCGUUCUCAAUGACGUCAUCUACGCCAUGGGAGGGUUCGAUGGAUACACGUGCCUCAACACGGCAGAGCGGUACGAGCCAGAGAGAAACCAGUGGACGCUGAUCGCCCCCAUGCACGAGNGAGAGGGUAACUGCUCUUCUGACGCUUGGUUUUCCCCCGGUGAACAGGUGUACAUAUGUGGUGGCUUCAAUGGGAACGACUGCUUGAUCACAGCUGAAGUGUACAAUGCCGCAACAAACCAAUGGACCUUCAUAGCGCCGAUGAGAAGCAGAAGACGUGGAGUAGGUGUGGUUGCCUAUGAAAACAAAGUCUACGCGGUAGGAGGGUUUGACGGAGCCAACUGCCUUCAGACCGUGGAAGCUUACAGCCCCGUUGCCAACGCGUGGCACGCAGUCCCCACCAUGUUCAGUCCUCGCAUCAACUUUGGCAUUGAAGUGGUGGAUGAUCUGUUAUUUGCGGUUGGUGGCUUUAACGGUUCUACGACUACUUCCAACGCCGAGUAUUACGAUGAAAAAGCCAACAAGUGGUACAACGUUCGAGACAUGGACAUCGGCCGUAGUGCUCUGAGCUGCUGUGUGGUGCCAGGUCUGUCUAACAUCAGGGACUACGUUGCCAGAUGA